CGAGUUUGGGCAAGGAUGGUGGCUUUGCAAUGUCCCCAGGUCUCGGGCAACCUUCCAUCACUGUCCUUCCCGCAAACUCGGACCGUUACAUGUGCUCUUAACUCUUAAGUCAACGCAAGCUCUGGGGCCAACCAUGAGUGACAAUGAUCCCGAAGUCUUCAAUCCUUUACGAAAACCCCAGUGCCACCGCCUUUGUGGUUGAUAUCCCCAGCUCCAUUGCGCUUGCACAGGUGCUGCCUGGACAAACCUCGCCGCCACCACCCCUUUCAGACACUUAUGCCUCUGCCUCAAGUAAUCUAGGCAAAAGUAUCCUACUUUCUUCAGCACCCCCGAGGGAGCCUUAUCCGCCAUCAACGGAGCCCAAGUCUGAGGCCGCACGGGCAAGAGUUCUAGAGAGGAUCCCGCUCGCCGAACGGCAUUUCCACUCAGACAUCGAGCCGCUCGUGGCGGAAAAAUUAUCGGAGCUCCAGGAGGCAUUCCAAGUCGGACUCGACUGGUGCUUGCCUCGUAUAUUGACAGCGAGCGAUGCACCAGAUGGUCCAGGUAAUGCGGCACAUGAUGAGCAGAUUCAACCAGGAAAAAGGAAAAGGAGUGCCUGGCAAAGCAGCGAUAGCACAUGUCCAGAGUGGACUGUAGGUCAGGGAUCUAGCUCAGACUGGACUGAGUCGGACUCUGCUCUUUCAGAUAUAGGCAACCCGCCAUUAAUCCUGUCACCUGGCGCAAACGCCUUUGAAAGCAUGUCCGAACUUUCUAAUGCCGUGGUCAAAAACACGUCUUCUGAGCCAGCGACAGUGCAGAUACGGUGUCAAUCGAGAACAGACCAUCUGGGCUCGAACCCCGAUGAUGAGCAGAUAUCUGAGCAAGAACGCUCAUAUCAUUAUCAUUCAUUCUAUGUGCCCCCGCUGUCACAUUUCCUGCGUUGCAGGAUCCCGAUAUCUGAAUCUAUCACGCAAGUCGAUCCCAUUCCUGGUCUCUCUUCGGAACAGAAGUUCAAUCUCAUCCUCCUUGAUCCGCCGUGGACAAACCGCUCCGUUCGUCGCAGUGGCCAUUACCAGACGCAGUCUUAUCUGGGCUGGGAACUUCUUACGCGGCGUCUAUGUGAUAUCCUACAGGUGUACUUGCGAGAGGAUUCUAUUUCGUCCGCGGAUGCCUCUGAAAGAGGAGAUACUGGGGAGCAUCUACAGAACGAUGCCCAAAGCUCGAUGGCAGCGAUCUGGAUCACCAACUCUGCAAAGGCACGAAAGGCAGCCUAUGAUGCCAUGCAGGGUGCGGGGCUUGUUGUCUACGAAGAAUGGGUAUGGCUCAAGACGACCACGGACGGAAGACCAAUCUCGGCGCUGGGAGGGCUAUGGCGGAAACCGUAUGAAAUUCUUGUUAUAGGGAAGAGAGUGCAACAUGCGACUCAGACUGGUGAUGGUAAGGGAGCUAUAACCAGGAGGGUCGUUGCGGCUGUUCCUGAUGUGCACUCACGGAAGCCUAACCUGAAGGAACUCUUCGAGAGGAUGUUUUUCAGCUCUCCGGCAGGUGAUCGCAUGCCAUACUCUGCUCUGGAGGUCUUUGCACGCAACCUCACAGCUGGAUGGUGGGCCUGCGGAGAUGACGUUCUCAAAUUCAAUUCAGAGGAAUGGUGGGUUGACGACGACAAGUGAGGAUUAUACUCAUACAGAUACCCUCAAAAUCCAUAUCCACCCAGCGCGCAACCUUCCCCCAGCUUCAAUCUACCAUAACCUAAUCGGGUAUACGAAUACAACAUGCACUUCCG